AUGGAGAUCACCGAUUCCUCAGCAGUCGAUCAUCCAGCGUCAGUCGAGUUGAGCCCGGCCAAACACCAUGAUCCUGAAAUAAGUCACAUCGAGCGGGUUAUAUCUCCCGAGGUCGACAAUGCAAUCAAAAAAGACCAAAUUGACAUGUCCCGUGUCGACAAGGAAGUCCAACAGUACAUCAGCGCUGGUCAAAUUGAGAUAGAUCCAGAGACCAGUCGAAGACUGCUGAGGAAGAUUGACCGUCGCGUGUUGUCGUUUAUGGUCAUCACGUAUUUCUUGCAGGCUAUUGACAAAGGCACCCUGGCGUUUACAUCCAUUAUGGGCAUACAAACAGAUACACAUCUAGUCGGACAGCAGUAUUCCUGGCUUACUACUUGUAUUUAUAUUGCCGUCCUCAUUGUCGAGUAUCCGACGAAUUGGAUCAUCCAGAGGGUGCCAAUCGCAAAGUACCUCGGCGUUAAUGUGAUCUGCUGGGGCACAGUUCUUGCUUGUCAUGCAGCUUGUCAUUCCUUUGAAGGCCUGGUCACUGUUCGAACUUUGCUCGGCAUAUUCGAAGCUUGCUGUCAACCAUCGUUUAUUAUCCUGUCAGGUAUGUGGUACAAGCGCGAAGAGCAAGCUGCCAGGGUGUCAUAUUGGUACAUGAUGAAUGGUGGUCAGCAAAUUGUCGGUGGCCUCCUCGCCUACUGCUUCAGCUUGAUUGGAAAUGAUAAAUCUCUUAAAUCCUGGCAAGCCAUUUUCCUAACGUAUGGCUGUAUCUCUGUUCUAUACGGCAUCGUUCUUAUCAUACUUAUGCCUGAUUCGCCAAUGCGUGCCAAAUGUUUCACCGAAGAAGAGAAACACCUCAUGAUUGAGCGUGUCCGAAGCAAUCAAACUGGUCUGCAGAAUAAGAUAUUCCGUGCCUAUCAAGUGAAAGAGGCUAUCCUCGAUCCGCAGACAUGGUGUUAUUGUGCUAUACAAAUAUUCACCACCCUGCCGACGAGUGGUCUGGGCGCCUUUGCCAAUAUCAUCAUCACAGCCCUGAACUUCACCGUUCUGCAGACACAGCUACUUGCCAUGGUACUCGGGUUCUAUAUCAUCAUCGUUCUCCUGUCUUCUACCUGGAUUGUCAAUCGUACGGGCCAGAACCUUCUUGUCAUGGCUAUAUACCUAAUUCCUUCCUUCGUUGGCACUAUCGUCCUGAUGACCGUCGUCAACCGCAAUAAAUCCACCCAAGUCGGUCUACUGAUCAGCUACUACCUAACACUCUCAUUCUGGUCUGCGCAGACCCUGACUCUGAGUAUGGUUUCCCGCAAUAUCGCCGGCCAAACCAAAAAGGCAUCCGUAGUUGCAGCAACCUUCAUUGCUUGGGCCGUUGGAAACGCCGUGGGACCACAGGUAUUCCUGAAGAGAGAUGCCCCGCGCUACUUUAUCGCCUUCAGCGUACACCUCGUGUGCUAUUCCCUCAUGCUCGUUGCUAUAUUUUUUCUCAGAUGGUGGCUCAAACGGGAGAAUGCUAAGAAGGACGCUCUCCUACGCACUGAAAUACCAGAGGCUGGGGAUCCAGAUAUGGUACAUGCCUUUGAGGAUCGCACGGAUCGGGAGAAUGUGAAUUUCCGAUAUGUUUAUUAA